UAUCAAAAUCCGAUGCGACUGCGUUUUUCCUUGUUGCUUUCUCCGUUUCAUAUUUGAUAAUCUUCGGAGGUAAGAAAACUGAAUAAAAUCCCGACAAAAAUUACAAAACAAAUCAAACUUUUCUCUCGAUUAAACAAAUAAAUCCUAUUAAUUAAUUAACUCCCACAUCAAAUCUCCCUCUGUUUCUUCUGUCAUCGGCUAUGGAGUUCUUCACCAACGCCAAAGCUGUCAAACUUAAAAGCCACCUCGACAAGUAUCUCAUCGCCGACGAUGACCAACAAGCCGUCCGUCAAAGCCGAGACGGUUCGUCGCGUAAAGCGACAUGGACAGUCGAGUUGGUGGAGACGAAGACCCAUCUCGUCCGCCUCAAGAGCUGCCAUGGCAAGUACCUUACAGCCUCCGACGCGCCUUUUCUUUUGGGCGUGACGGGUCAAAAGGCCAUGCAAACGACGCCGGACAAGCUAUCUGACUGGCAAAUCCAGUGGGAGCCUAUAAGAGACGGGUUCCAAGUUAAGCUCAAGUCAUGGUGCGGCAAGUUUCUGCGCGCCAACGGAGGGAUGCGACCGUGGAGAAACUCCGUCACCCACGAUCAUCCUCAUACCGGGUCGACCAAGAACUGGGUGCUUUGGGAUGUGGAAGCCGUGGAAGUGCCCGAAACUGGGUCGUUAAUGGAAUAUUUAUCUGCGAUAUCGAGCUUCUCAUCGGUGGCGGAUGAUGUUCUCGAGGCGGCGUCGGAUGAGGUUGCGGAUUCGGAUACCGAGUCGCCAAUGUCGGUUAUGGCCUUGAAGAGUCCGAGGUUUUCCGUUGUUUCCACAAAAUCACCCAAGUUGGGCCCAAAGCAGGCCAAUUUUAGGAAAGGUCAGACGGGGAUGGAGUUCUUUCACAACGCCAAAGCGGUGCGUUUGAAGAGUCACCACGACAAGUACCUGCUGGCUGAGGAGGACGAGGAAUCCGUCAGUCAAGACCGCAAUGGAUCCGGCAAGAGCGCCCGAUGGACUGUCGAGCCCGUUCCUGGGACUACCUCCAUAAUUCGUCUGAAGAGCUGCUACGGAAAGUACCUCACCGCCUCCAACCAGCCCUUUCUCUUGGGGAUGACCGGCCGCAAGGUGCUCCAGACCCGGCCCGGCAGGCUUGACUCCUCCGUCGAGUGGGAGCCCAUCAAGGAUGGCUCUCUUGUUAAGCUCAAGACUCGGUAUGGUCAGUUUCUGCGGGCUAAUGGUGGCCUUCCGCCUUGGAGAAACUCCAUUACGCAUGAUAUUCCUCACAGGACCGCCACUCAGGAUUGGAUCCUCUGGCAUGUUGACAUCGUGGACAUUCAAGUCCAGUCCCCUGUUGGCCACCAAGCACAGCAGCCCCCGCCGCUCCCGCACUCUGAUUCUUUGGAUUUCGAAUCCAGCUCCCCCUCUUCCGUUUCGGUCAAAUCUAGCAAUUUCUCUAGGCAAGAGUCGAGUGAUUCUUAUGUGGGUUCCCCUCCAAAAUGUGAUGGAAGGACUAUAUACUAUCAUAUUGCUGAUGAUAACGGUGAGGUUGACGAUGAGGUAGUAGAGGGUUACUCCUUCAGUUUCAAGGGAAAUGGGGUUGAAGAAUUGACUCGAAAACUGAUUGAAGAGACGGGUCUUGAGGAUAUCAUUGUGUGCACUCGCAGUCCAUUGAAUGCAAAGCUUUAUCCCCUCCGGUUGCAGCUUCCCCCAAACAAUGCCGAUAUGCAUGUUGUCGUAGUGCCGCCAUCCUCAAAAUUAGCAAGAGAUUUUGCAAAGCUAGGGAUUUUGUGAAAUGCGUCCAAGAGAAGGUUACCAUUUUUUUGCAUAGAGAGAUUCACAUCAACAUAUUCUGUACGUUCUGAAGCAGUCUUUGUCAUAUAUGGUAAUCAGAAAGCAUAGUCAAGCAAUGUCCAUGUUCAUGCACCACCAGAACAGAAUAUAAUUUAUCAAGAGAGAAAGGCCUCCAGUAGUGUGAUUGUGGAGCAGAGAAUCCUUGCUAUAAUGCUCUCGACACCCAUGGAAGAUGCUCAAUUACUCUAGUGUUGUAACAUUUUCUGGUUCUCUGUCCCGCAUUGUGCUGUAUGUAUGGGUUGAUAGGUAGCUAGGUGUUUCAGCUGCUUGGAUCUUCCUUCUUAUACAUAUCUCCACGCCCCGUGGAGUCAAUUUUUUCCUGUAAAUUUUUUCAUAUUCUCCUCAUAUUUCUUGCUUUCAUAUGCUAUAUUUCGGUACAUUCUGUGUCUUAGCAACGCAAAAUGGUCGCUCUUCCAACAUAAAUUAACGUUAGUAUGUUUGGUGGAUGAGAUAGAAAUCCUACUUGUUUCUAUCAGUACAUAUUGAUCCUAGUUUGUAUAGAGGAAAGAAUUGUUGAAGUUUCCAUAAAUGGUGAUUGUAGAUGGCUAUAAAAGUUUCCAAAUCUGAAAAUGAAGUAAACCAGUUUUUG